UUGAGAAAUUCCCAAAGUUCGAACGGGAAAGCGAUGUUUACCUGAGUUACUGAAAACCUCCGUUUCCUAAAAAAAUAUUAACAAAUAAUAUACCGAGAUCUAACUAGAUUUCUCUAAAUCUAUAGAAUCUUUAAAAUGAGAUUGAAAACAACUCUUCAAAAGGAACCAAAACAUUCUGAGUUGGUUAGCUGUGUAGGGUGGACCUCACCAGAUGAAGUUUAUUCCUGCGCUGAUGAUCAUGGUGUCUUGAAGUGGAACUUGACAAACAAUGAAACAGCCUCUGUCAUGGAUCUGCCUAAGGAUUGUUUUCCUACAAGUAUGCACUGGUUCCCCAAGUCUGCACAGGGAGGGGGAGCUAAGAAGUCAACAUCUGAUGUGUUUGCUCUCACAUCCACUGAUGGAAAAUUCCACUUAAUCAGCCGCUCUGGUAGGCUUGAGAAGAGUGUUGAGGCCCACAAGGGAGCAGUUUUGUGUGGGAGGUGGAGCCCUGACGGCACCGCACUGGUCACUGGUGGCGAGGACGGACAGGUCAAAAUUUGGUCUCGAAGUGGCAUGUUGCGCUCCACUCUCUCACAGAACAGUAUCCCGGUGUACAGUGUUGCCUGGGGCCCUGACUCUGAUCAAGUCUUGUUUACAAAUGGGAGGCAGUUGGUCAUCAAACCUCUACAAGCUAACGCCAAGCCACAAAUGUGGAAAGCUCAUGAAGGAAUAGUUCUGUGUGUGGAUUGGAACGCUGUCAGUAACUUCAUUUUGUCUGGCGCUGAGGACAAGAGAUACAAGGUCUGGGACACGUAUGGACGGCAACUCUACUGCAGCAGCAGUCAUGAGUACCCCAUCACAUCGGUGGCUUGGACACCAGAUGGUGAAAUGUUUGCAGUUGGUUCCUUCAACACCAUGCGGCUCUGUGACAGAAGUGGGUGGUCCUAUGCCCUAGAGAAGCCCAAUACAGGAAGUAUCUUGAGCCUGGCCUGGUCAGGAGAUGGCACACAGCUAGCUGGAGCUUGUGGCAAUGGCCAGGUUAUUUUUGCCAAUGUCAUUGAGAUUCGCCUGGAAUGGAAGAACUAUGAAGCCACAUUGGUAGCCAGCAAGCAGAUCCAUGUCAGGAAUGUCAUGAACGACGCCAAGGAGAAGCUAGACUUUAGGGACCGCGUCAUCAAGCUCUCGCUGGGGUACAGCCACCUCAUCGUAGCCACAUCCUCUCAGUGUUAUAUAUACAACACAAAGAACUGGAACACGCCCAUGAUCUUUGAUCUUAAAGAAGGGGGAGUCACUCUCAUAAAGCAAGCUGAGAAGCACUUCCUGCUAGUUGAUGGGUCUGGUGUGUACGUGUUCUCCUAUGAUGGCCGCCUGGUCUGUUCGCCCAAAUAUUCUGGCAUGAAGGCAGAGAUUUUAAAUCAUCAGACAGUGGCCCUCUGCAAUGAUACAGUGGCCAUCAGGGAUAAAACCGAUGAAAAAGUGAUUUAUGUUUUUGAUGCACAGACAGGAAAAACAAUGGGAGAUGGCAAACCUAUCACUCAUAAGGUUGAGGUGAUGGAUAUAGGACUUGACCAAUGCGGUGUUACGGCGGAGAGAAGGAUCUCACUCGUGGACAAAAACAGAGACCUCUUCAUCACGUCUGUCAGGAUCUUUGGCACAGAGAGGAAAAUCAUUAAACUUGCCAACAUGAUCCAAGCCCAUGUCUGGAAUGAUGAGACCAACAUGCUGGCUGCCAUGACAGAUGGGAAGAUCCUGGUCUGGUACUACCCUAACGCUGUCUAUGUGGACAAAGACCUGCUGCCUAAAACCUUGUUUGAGAAAGACUCAAGUGAGUUUGGCAAAUCUCCUCAGUUGGUAGGUUUUUUGGGCAGCCAUCUUAUCCUGCGCAGAUCGGAGGGGUCCCUUGUGUCCGCAUCCAUCAGCCCCUACCCCACAGUGCUGCACGCGUACACCAUGAACAACAAGUGGGAUGAUGCUGUCAGGCUCUGCCGGUUUGUCAAGGAAGAAAAUCUGUGGGCUUGUUUAGCUGCUAUGGCAACCUAUGCUAAAGAUUUAAAUACAGCAGAAAUCUCUUACGCAGCCAUACAAGAGGCUGAUAAAGUGCAGCUUAUCAUCAACAUCAAAGAAAUUCCAGUGAAGGAAGCCAGGAAUGCCGAGAUGGCACUUUUGUGUGGCAGCCAGCAAGAUGCUGAGGCCAUCUUACUGCAGGCGGGUCUCAUCUUCCGCGCUAUCAUGUUGAACAUACAACUCUAUAACUGGGACAGAGCUCUAGAGCUAGCAGUUAAAAACAAAACCCAUGUUGACACAGUGCUUGGCUUUCGGAUGAAAUUUUUGUCAAGGUUUGAGAAAUCUGAGACAAAUAAAAGAUAUUUACAGUACAAGGAAGGGGUAGAGAUAGACUGGGAUAAAAUCACCAACAAAAUUGAAAUGGAAUACCAGAAAGAGAGGGAAAGACCAGCAGCAGUGCCCCGCAGCACUAAAACUUGAUUGGGCAUUUUAUACACAUUUCUUUUACCCUCUUAGUUCUUUGAGUACCAAAACAUACCAAGGUUGCACUUCAAAAUUUUCUUGAGAAUUAUUUUCAAAUGUUUAAAAAAAAAAAAUUUGACUGUAAAGACCAUAGAUAGAUCCAGGAAACUUGACUGUAAGUAAAGACCAUGGUUUGACUAGGGAAUCCAAGAACCAAUGCUGACACUGCUACAGUAUCUUUAUCCUGUCCUAAAUGCUGAUCAUUUGAAAUCUGUGAUAUAAUAUAUGGAAUGUUUAAAUGUUCAACCCUGUUCAUGUUGUUCUGUGGUGUCACCAUCUGUGGUGUGACAUCACCAGUUAGCCGUCUGUCCAUUUGUGACAUCACCAGCCAGUCUGUCCACUUGUGACAUCACCAGUUAGCCGGCUGCCUCUUGUGUAAAAAUGUUUCUCAGCCUCAUCUUGUGCAACAUUUUUCAAUGAAAGCUUGUUUGUGUUUGUUUGUCUUUCCUCUUUGAUUUGAAUACUGGUAGAACAUUGAGCACUGUUUUAUAUUUUUAAAUAAAUUUUAUUGAUGUAACUCU